AGUUUUCACAACCCAAACAUUACAGGGCCGUAUUACUACAUUUUCUCUCUCUGCCUUUGGUAUAUUUUUCGUCUUUCUCUCUCAUCUUCCCCAUCUCGCGUUCCUCAUCCUCUUACAAGCUUUCUCUCUCCUCGUCCGCUCUAGUCCUCCUACGCUCGCAGAUUCAUCGUCUUCUCGAUCUGUCCACUAUUCCAUUUAGAUCAACCAUGAGUGACCAGGGUGAAAAGACCUGUCCUCUUUGUGCCGAGGAGAUGGAUUUCACUGAUCAGCAAUUGAAGCCCUGCAAGUGUGGUUAUGAGAUUUGUGUGUGGUGUUGGCAUCAACUCUUGGAUUUGGCUGAGAAAGAUGAGUCAGAGGGACGCUGCCCAGCUUGCCGCACUCCAUAUGACAAGGACAAAAUUGUAAGGAUGGCUGAAAGUAAUGAAAGAUUGGUAGCAGAGAUUAAUAUGGAAAAGAAGCAAAAGGCACAAAAAGCCAAGACAAAAAUGUCUGAAAGCAGGAAACAGUUGAAUAGUGUUCGUGUUAUUCAGAGAAAUCUUGUCUACAUAAGUGGCUUACCUCUUGAUCUAGCAGAUGAAGAUCGUCUUCAACAACGAGAGUAUUUUGGCCAGUAUGGGAAGGUUUUGAAGGUGUCUAUAUCUCGAACUUCAGCUGGCAAUAUUCAGCAGUUUGCAAACAAUACAUGUAGUGUAUAUAUUACAUACUCAAAGGAAGAGGAAGCAGUUCGAUGCAUUCAGUCCGUGCAUGCGUUUAUUUUGGAUGGGCGACCUUUGAAGGCGUGCUUCGGAACCACAAAGUAUUGUCAUGCAUGGCUGAGAAAUUCGCCCUGCAGCAAUCCUGAAUGUCUCUACUUACAUGAGAUUGGUUCACAAGAGGAUAGCUUUACUAAAGAUGAAAUCAUCUCUGCAUACUCAAGGGUUCAGCAGAUUACUGGAGUUACAAAUAACAUGCAACGGCGUUCUGGAGAUGUUUUGCCUCCUCCGGCGGAUGAUUAUUGCAACAAUAGUUCUGUUGUAACAGUGAAGCCUAUUGUAAAAGCUUCUUCAAAUACUUCGGCUAGCUGCACCAAAGUUUCACCGCCCAAUAGUAGUUCUGGUAGAUCUGGUGCUCUGCCUGCAGCCGCAUCAUGGGGAGCACGUUGCAAUCCUCCGACUGGAAGCUCAGCUUGUACAAAUGGCCCAAUAAAGCAGAAGGCUGAAACAAUUAAUGGACCACAAGUUCUUGCAACAACGGUAUCUGGCUCCGUACAAUCUUCUAUUCAUCCCAGUGAUACUGGAAAGAAGCAGGUGUCUAAUGAAGAAACUCAUGCAAGGCAAACUAAAUAUACAUUAGAAAAUUCUGUUAACGUGAAGCAGUAUGCUAUAAAUUCUCAGAGAAAUGUUUCGGAGGGGUCUUCUACCCUUUUGGAUCCUUCAGUCGGCAAAUCUUCUUGUUCACCCUCAAGGGAUAAUGAUUUAGAAGUUAGUGAGAAGGUUACUAAGAUAAGUUCUGUAGAUGAACGCCCUUAUUCUCCCUGUGAAGACAAGGGAAGUAGUUUAAUUGGGGAUGGGAAGAUGCAGAAACUAUGCUCUGAGAUUUCAUCUAUUAGCAUUGACAAACAAUCAAACAGUGAACAUUUUGAGGGUGUUCGACCUAAUGGUUUGAGUUUGAAUGAUUCCUUACAGCCUAGGAGUCAAGGUUUACUUUGGCAUGAUUCUGAGAGGCUUCAGGAACAUUCAUCUUCUUCGGUUGCUUCUGGCAAAGCCACAACUUCUGUUGAUUUUUUGACUACUCACAAUGAAGUAUCCAAUUUGAUAUCAGAUCCCCAAGCUUCUGUUAUACAAAAUUUGACUUCUGAAACAGAAGAUGAUUUUAACAAUCAAAGACUUCGAGAUGCCAUAGUUGUCAAUCAGACAGCAAUACCUGCAUCAUCUCCGCUUCAUCUUUUAAACCAUUUAAGGGUUCCUUUACAGCCAUUCACUGAUGCUGAUUCUGCAGUAACUUAUUCUAUUAAUCCCCUAACUGUAAAUAGUAUAUCUGAUGAAUGUUUGACACCUAAUCUUUCUAGUGCAUCUGUUGCCUCUAAUGGGUUUUUAGACCAUUGUGUUGGCCAUACUUCAGAUCAGGAUUGUUCUAUGUUAUUGAAGGGUGGGCAAGGGAAUCAUUUAGGAAAAUUUGAUCCCGAGUUUUCUAAUUUUAAUCCUCAGCCAGCUCUGGACAUGGGAGAAAACAACAUAAUAUCAAAUAUCCUGUCACUGGACCUUGAUUCUUGGGAUGAUUCUUUGACAUCUCCACAAACUUUGGCCAAGUUGUUGCGUGAAACAGAUAAGCAAGAGGUUCCUGUCAAAAUGGACGGUUCCUGGAAAGGUCAGAAUAGCAACCAGUCAAGAUUUUCUUUCGCAAGGCAGGAUACUAGAAAUCAUUUGUUUGAUAUUGAGCCUUCACUUGGCAAUGUCAGCCAAACGACGAGGAAUCCCUCUUUUGGGCAGGAGUUUCUUGGGGGUAGAGACCAGUAUCUUGAAAGAAUUGGCAACGGUUUUGCAUUUUCUAAUGGCAACACCGAGUUAUCAGAUAAUUUGACUAGUGGCCAUUCCAUUUUUUCAUCUAACAGGGUUUCUCUCUCUAGGUCACAGAUUUCAGCACCGCCUGGUUUUUCUACACCAACUAGGCCACCACCGCCUGGCUUCCCUUCGCACGAUAGAAGUGAUCAGUCUUUCAACAUAUUGAAGUCUGGAAAUCAUUUGGUUGACACAUCUUCAUUUUUGAGAAACCCUUACCAGGCAUCACCUAGUGGUAACAUGAGUUUUACCGAUGAUAUUGAAUUCAGGGAUCCUGCAAUUUUGGCUGUUGGUAAAGGGAGUCUCCCUGGUGGACUUAACAAUUCAUCUCUAGACAUGAGACCGACCUUCCCUGUACAGUCGCAUGUGUUUGAAAAUGAUUCAAGACUUAAGCUAUUGAUGCAAAGAUCUCUUUCACCUCAUCAGAACUUUAGAUAUAAUGAGGUUAGGGAUAACUUCUCUCCACCAAAUGACACCUAUGGCUUCACAUCACGACAUAUAGACCAGUCCCAAGCUAGUAAUCAUGUACCAUUUUCACAGUUUUCUCACCAGCAGCCUAGAAACACUGUAGUCUCCAAUGGCCCUUGGGAUGGUUGGAGUGAACUUCAAGGUGCAACUGAUAUUAGCAUGGGGGAGCUCCUUAGAAAUGAUAGACAUGGAAUAAACAAUUUUUUUGGGGGUUAUGAAGAUGCCAAGUUCCGAAUGACAAAUUUCGGAGAUCUAUACAACAGGAGUUUUGGGAUGUGAUUAUCAUCCUAAUUCUUUUGGUCUGAGUGCCAACUUAUGUAGAGGGAGACACAUAAAUAUCCUGUUCUGGAGGAUAGCAAUGUCCUUGGGGCAGGCAGACUUUUCUUUUGACUAAUCUUUUUGGGAAGCUUGACAGAUGAUUAUUUGAUGCUGAUAAAUGGAGCUUGCAGAUAUGUUGUGGGAUGCAUCACAUGGAAUUUACUGGGUUCUUGAGAUUGGUUUAUGUAAUGGUGUGCCUUGGAUUCCAACUGGGUUGCCAGCGUUAAGUUUAGGGAUAAUGUACUUCAUGUGCUGGAAGUGGAAGAAUACCCUCUAUUGUAGCAGGUUUAAUGCUGCUUCAGAGUGGGACAAAAGAUUUAGAUGUUGUUCUGUCUGGUCAUGUGUAGGAUCAUCCGUUCUGCUGUCUGCUCCCGCUCAGAUUAAUACUCCCCAAUUCUGUGAGUGAGAUGGAAAUACAAAAUUUUUGCUGUUGAUAUUUCAAAUUAUAAUGCUGUCGAUAAUAUGGUAUAUACUCUAUUUAGUUUUAUUACAAGUCAAUGAGUUUUCUUUUUUUGUUUUUUGGUGAUUCAUGCAACUGCAUUGUCAAAAGCCGAAUUACAAGGAUUGUGCUCAUCAAUUUUGAUUCUAUCUACAUGCUGCCCUUUUGUGUUCUUGAUGCAAUUGCCUUCUGAACAAAGAUCCUUAAAUUACCUAGCUGACUGCCCAGCAGAUGUGUAUCACACUUCAUAAGUGAAUACCUUUUACCCAAAUUGUUCGAUUUUGUUAUCUAAGAAAUCGGUGUAUAACUUAUAAGCUUUACUGCAAAAUUCUCUAUGGUACUAUCGGUUAUUUUGAAAUGCUUAUAGGCUAUAGCAAUGCCAGUGGCAUGGCUUGACUGUUUCAAGACUGGCAGUUCUGCCAAGCUAGACUGUUUCUUGGCUUAAAGUUGGUAUGUGCUCCUACAUCAAGCUAUUCGAUGAAGGUCUAUUGGAAACAUUUUUGUUAUCAUUAAAUAAGACGUAAGGUUGUGUA